AUUUUUAUUUCUAAAAAAAGAAUAAUUAAAAGUUGAAAAAAAGUAGAAUGAACUUCGAUUUGGACGAUCCGUUGGACGGGUUGCUCAGCGAUGGAAGCAAUGAUAGUCUUUUCGGAACCGAACCGUCCAAAAAGGGGAAGAAAACUGCCACAGUUUCCAAACCGGAAACGAAACAAACAAAAAUGGAAGAUUUAUUUGGUAUUAAAACGGAAACAGCUCCCGCCGCAAAACCAGCAAUCGAUCCUCCGGCGCCAGCAAAACCUCUAACGCUUACUUCCGGUAGCUUUGAGAAAGAAGGCCAGUCUUCGCUGGAGUUCACCCGGCAUUCGAUAUCCGGUCCACCGGCGAGCUUGACAAGUUUUCAAACUAAGAAGACCAGUACGCCGGUAAAGAAACCGGACACAAGCCAGAAGAAGGAAAUUACCUUCGAUGAUAGCGAUGUGCUGUCGGAUUUGGGAUUCGAUCCCAAAAAGCCGAAGUCUAAGUCAAAUAUUUUGGAUGAUAUUCUGGGAGGGCCAAUUAUUUCGGCGGGGAAAGAACCUGGAGCAAGUAAACAGAACAAACCGAAGCUGAGUUUAGGAGUGGGCAAGGAGGAUGUCCAAGCAAGCAAGUCAAUCUCCAGACAAUCAACGGAAACGUCAGAAAAUCUACAAACCGAAAGUACAAUAAUGGGAGGUUACGCUCCAACUGGUGGAGCUCAACGACGGAGUGGCCGUCGAAAAUCUUCCAACGCUCUGAACGAUCCCUUGGGCCUGUUUUCGAUCACAACUGAACCGAAGAAAGAAGUCAAAGCAGCGAAAAAAGGAGCCGAUUGGCUCGGUUUGAACGACGAUAGUAUUUCCAACGACCCGGAACCGGUACCGAUGUCGAGAAAUAAUCCAGAAGAAAGUAAACCAAUAGAAACUCCAAAACCACUGCCUGUAUUGCCCCCGGAACAACCUCAAACUGCUGUACCUCAGCUAAUUCAACCAACAGUUCAGACAGCACAGCCACCAAUCAGUGUUCCUCUUUCAACGAUUCUUAAACCAGACAUCAAGACGGCUGCUCAAACCAUGGAAAUUUUGAACAACGAAACACAAAACGCUCUCAACACGAUGCAGCAACAGGAAUUCCAUCUACAGAUGGCCAACCAAAUGAAGAAUCAAGAACAAGCUCUUCUGGAAAUGCAACACAAGCAACAGGCAAUCUUACAGAGACAAGAAUCUCAAUUCAACGAACUGCUGCAGAAACAAAUUCAAAGACACAACGUGCUGGAAGAAGUUAUCGCCAAACAGCAAGAACGUAUCAAUACCAACAUUCAGAUGAUGAUGAUGAGCCAACCACCUCAAGUUCAACCACUUUUGGUGGAUCAUUUCACUUCAAAACAAAAACUAACGGAAGACGAAGUGCCCAAAGAGUCCAACCAAGACAACAUUCUAACCAGAAUAGAGCUCGAAGCUGAUUUGAAGCGUCUCGAAAUGGAGAAGCUUCGUUUAGAAGACUUGAUUGCAAAUAUCACAGCGAACCACGAACAAGAAGUGACGAUGCUGGAGCAGAGCUAUCGUAAGCAAAUGGGAUUCCUGGAAGAAAGCUUAAAGAUUAUGGAAGCUCGAAUGAAAGCGGAAAACAAGAGUUUGGAAGACUUUUACAAAAAUAAACUUAACGAUCUGGAAGAAGAAAAACAAUCGAUAAUCGGUGAACAUACGAAAAAAGUCAAUGAAAUGGAAGACAACCACAGAAAAGCAAUCGAGAAGCUGAAAACAACUUAUGAAGAAAGCGUGGAGAACCUCAAACAAGAACAUCGAGAAAUGAUAAGCAACAUUCGGGAAUCAAAGCUGAUGGAGUUUUCCGUCCUCCAAGACAACGCGUCCUACAUGACAAUGUUGAAGAAUGCAUCCAGCUAUCUGGAGAAUGCUUCCGGCGAUUUGCAGCAGCUUCGGGAUACCCUGCAGGAACAGAUCGAGUUUGCGCAGAAAGAAAAGGAUAUUCAACUGAAGGCGAGAGAGAAGCAGCUGGAGGAUCAGCAGCGACUGCUGGAACGCACCAAGGAGUCCGCUGAGGUGGAAAAAGAACGGUUGCUCAAUCUGGUAGAAACACUGGAAGGGAAGCUGACAGAAAUUGCCAAGACAUCCUCCGAGGAGCAUUGGACGUACCAACAGCGUCUAGCGAAGCUGGAGUCGGAACGCAAAGCAUUCGAAAAGGAAAAAGAACAAUCACGGGAGCGUAUUUCCCGAGAAGAAAGUCGCAUCGAAGAGCUCAAACGAGCACAGCUGGAAGAGCAUGGUAGCCUGAUGGCCAAAAUCGAGGAGGAACGAAAGACUUUGCUGGAAGAGAAAGCGAAGCUAGAAACCCUCUCGAAACUUCACAAGCGAGAUCAACCGGAACACUUGUCUCGUGCGGAGAUCGACGCCGCAAUUCGGGUGGCCGAAGAUGCCGCCAAGCAAGCGGAUACUGAACGAGAUCAUUAUCUUCAGCUGCAACGACGGUUUGAAACCAAAAGGCGUGAGUUGAUUUCCCAGGAAAGUCAACUGAGAACAAAAAGCGGAGAGUUGGAAACAGCGUUGAACGAGGCUAGAUUGAAGGCGCUGAAUGCGGAGAAUGCGUUCAAGAGCAUAAAGAAAGCGGAACAGAAUCUGCAAUUGAAGAUGCAACUGGUUCAGAGGCAGUUCCGGGAGAUUUCCGAACGGGAAGAUCGACUGUCCAAGGAUAAGAUUGAACUCAGCAAGGAACGUUUGGAGCUGCAAACGGUAAGGAAGAAACUACAGACAACUCGAUGCAGUCUUUGCAAGAUAGGGGAUCGUUCGCAGGAAAUUGGGGAUUACUUGACGGCGGCUGGGGGCAACAAUUCGGAAUCCGUUGCCGAUGAUCGAAAGCUGGAGGCAAACUUUUUCGAGUUGCAACAACAGCAACUUCGUUCAAGUGCUGCCAAAGUUGAUAACUUUUUUGACGGGGACCUUGAGAGGCAGCUACAAGCUUUUCUGGAACGGAAUCGAGUUGAUGAGGAUGAGUUUGGACUGAACGUGGGUCCUCCGAACAUCGCCGAAAACGAAGAUGGAACAAUUGAUACGGAUUUAUUGUUGCUCAAGUUUGACGUCCUCAAGUCGCAAAACUUUUUUAACUCUCAUGAUAAAUAGAUUUUAAGCUUUUUCAAAUAAAUUUUUCAGAUUUUUUCA